GUUUAAUGUAGAUUUUUUUUCUAAUAUUCGAAUCUUUAUGGUUUGAUAUACUCAUCCAAUUUUAUAGAAAGUUUCACUACUGAUGUAGUUGUUAUAUAUUCAGUUUUCAUUCUGGAUAUUACAGGGCUUGGACAUUAAAAGAACUUUUCACAUCAAAUAUAUCAAUAUAUAUAGCAACUUUCAAAGAAAGAUUUUAUUCUUAUUGAAAUUAAUUACAAACUUUAUUGAAUGGAAAUGUAUGUUAUACAUUUUUUCUGGAGAGAUUAAGCUGGGAACAAUCUCAGCUAAAGAUUUAACCACUUUCUUUGCAAGGAUAGUCAUACAGAUGUUACUUAAUAACUGGAGUUAUUUCAGUGAUCCUUUAAUAUUUAAUUUCUUUUAAUAAAAUAUUAUCUUAGCUAAAUUAAUCCUUAUGUGAUUGAUUAAUCUUGAACUGAAAUAGUCUCUCAUUUUGACAAAUAUCACUUGGUGCUAAAUAUAUUUAUAUUGUAAAUUAAAAUGAGAAAAGAAAGAAAAGAUACCUUAAUGUUGGAAGAUAAAAAAGAGUAAUAGAGAAAGAAUUGUGUGAGAAUCAGAUUGAUGUUCUGAGGAGACUGAAAAUUUCUUGGGAAAAGUCUAACCUCUGUGAGAUCUAUAAAAUGUCAUUUUCAGAAGAAAACCAAUAAGUUAAUUCACACAAGAUUGACAUUUUAUAUGUGAAAAAUUUGUGCUAAAAGAUUCAUUAAAAAUAGUCCAAUUUCUCACUAAUAUAUUCAUAUGGAGAAAAGGCCAUAUUCCUGCGAUAUCUGUGAUAAAACAUUUUCUUUAAAGAGUAACUUGACGAAACACAAACGUAUUCACACAGAUGAAAAACCAUAUCACUGUGAUAUUUGUGGCAAAUCUUUCUCACGGAGUGAUCAUUUAGCUUGCCACAAACAUAUUCACACCGGUGGGAAAUAUUACUAUUGUGAUAUUUGUGGAAAGUCAUUAUCUCGUAGAAGUAGUUUAUCUGUUCAUAAACGAAUUCACACAGGAGAGAAACCACAUCAGUGUGAUAUCUGUGGUAAAGCUUUUUCUAGAAAUAGUGAUUUAUCUUCUCAUAAACGUGUUCACACAGGAGAGAAAAAAUACCACUGUGAUAUUUGUGGUAAAAUGUUUUCUCAUAAUACUAAUUUAUAUACCCAUAUACGUAUUCACACAGGAGAGAAACCAUAUCACUGUGAUAUUUGUGGUAAAACUUUUUCCAGAAGUAAUAUUUUAUCUUGUCAUAAACGUGUUCAUACAGGAGAGAAACAAUAACAUUGUGAUAACUGUAUUAAAUAAUUCCAUCAAAGAAAUAACUUUACCGAAUAUUAAAAGGUUAAAGAGAAAGUAUAACAUUGUUCUAUCUGUCACAAAAUACAUCCAACAAAUAUUGUUAUGAUGUCAUAAUAAUGCUUACAUAGGAGAAAAUUGAUAUUGCCAAGCUAUUCGUGGGAAGUCAUUUUUCUGAGUAGUAGCUUAUCCCACUGCAUUAUUAUAUAACCACAAAUUUAUCCACACUAUACUUACCACCUAGUUAUUUUUAAUAAAAGUAUUCUUUCAGAAUAAAUAUGUAUGUUGUCAGAUAUAUUUACAGAAAGAGGAAAGAAUAUUUUUGAUGUAUUUGACCAUGUGGUGAAGAAUGUUAUUACACAAGGGUCGUCAUUAUCGUAUUGUGUGCGAAGGGUAUCUUUUUUCUUCACAAAUGUAAAUAAACCCAAUCU